UUAUCACAGUUGUUGUAAAUCAAUGGCGUCUACGUGCACAAGGUCCAGAAAACGACGAACCAUCCUGACUUGUUUAUUCAUAAACGUCAUAGUCGUACUGAUGUACAAAAUAGGGACUAAUCGCAACGGACUGUCUCGGGAAUUGACAGAUCCUCUGUUACGUCUCCACAGCCCGGAUGAUCCCAAUGUGAAACUCGUGUUCACCGUGAUGAAGCUGAUGAAUCCAGGCGUCAAUGGAACAGCGGUUAUAUUAGAUUUGAAGAAACUCCCCAAAGAAGAAGCCGAGAAGCUCCAGAGGAGUAUUGAGGAAAGGGAGUACUCCAGUUAUACCAGUAGUCUCAUACCUCUUCAGAGAUCUCUGCCUGAUGUCCGCCUACAAGGAUGUCACUCACUGUACUCAGACCCCAACCUCCCUGAAACCAGUGUGAUCAUUAUUUUCUACAACGAGCAUUGGUCAGUCCUGUUACGCACUGUCCAUAGCAUCAUGGACAACACUCCACCUCAUCUGAUCAAAGAGGUCAUCUUGGUGGACGAUGCAUCCACAGACGAGGCUCUGAAGGAACCACUGAAAGAGUAUGUGUCCAGAUUCAGGAAAGUGCAGAUAGUUCGAGCAGAGUCCCGACAGGGCUUGAUAAGAGCACGGGUGAUGGGUUUUGAGCAUUCUACUGCUCCUGUAGCAGUGUUUAUGGACGCACAUUGUGAAUGUUUUCCUGGCUGGCUGGAACCAUUGGUGACAAGGAUCGCCGAAAAUCAGAGCAUUGUAGCUACUCCUAACAUUCAUGGAGUAGAUCCUAAAAACUUCAAAAUCAAUGAAUGGGGGCAGGGACGGAGACUUGGAAUACCCGUUCUCACCUUCCCUAAUCUUUUCUUCUCCUGGUCCCUAAUGUCAGAACGGGAGAGGAAAAAGAGAAAGCGUGAGACUGAUCCAGUGCGGUCUCCAGCCAUGGUGGGAUGUGUCAUUGCCGUCAGCAGGAAUUGGUUCAAGAAACUUGGAAUGUUUGACCCUGGUUUGGAAAUCUGGGGUGGGGAGAAUGCCGAGUUAUCUAUCAAGACGUGGCUAUGUGGAGGUGGACUGGAGAUCAUCCCCUGUUCAAAUGUAGCACAUAUGUACCACCCUCAUAGACCAUCAGACGAAAAUAGGAUCAGGUACAUAAGAAAUCUAGCUCGUGUGGCCAAUGUGUGGUUGGACAAGUUCAAACGUUUUACUGUCAAUUACGAUGGUAGCCUUGCGGAUUAUGGUGACAUAGCUGACAGGAUAGCGCUGAGAGAUUCAUUGAAGUGUCACCCGUUUGAGUUUUAUUUGGCAUAUGUUAAUCCAGAUCAAGUAAUCCCAGGUGACGGUAUAUACACAGGGACAGUACGUAAUGCUGAGAUGACUACCCUCUGCCUUGACGCGGGACACAGAGCACAGGAGGGCUCCAACAACGUUUUGUUGUAUUCUUGUCAUGGGCAGGGAAAUCAACUGUGGGAGCUCACAGAACAUCAUGAAAUUAGAGUGGGAGGAGAAUGUUUAGAAUCGGGAUAUGAACCUGACGUUGUGGUGAAGGCUUGUCAUGGUCAGAGCGGGAACCAGGAGUGGCACGUGGUCAGGUUAGACGAACAUGUGUUUCUCCAGUCAAACGGAUAUUGUGUUGGUGUUACCAAAGAUAAAUCCGCACUUGUCUUGGAGAAAUGUCAGAAAUCUAAACUACAAAUGUGGACUUGGAAGCAAAACAGGAAACCUAGGAUGUCUUGA